CAUGCGCCGUUCACGUAUCGAGCUGCGUGUUUCCACAGAUGUCGUGUAAAGUGUAGCAUGACAGCAGGCUGCGAGAUAAGUAAAACUAGUCAAACAAUAAAUAUAUGAUGCUGUUGUUUUCAUAAAUAAAUACAUUUAUUUUAGGGUGCCUAGAUAAAAUACUACAUAAUUCUCACGGAACGUCAAUAUUUCAAACUCACGCCUGUGUCACUUUUCCAUGCUAGUCCGUUCAGCUAGCUGAAGCUCGAGCAAAUGUGUAUUAAUACAAUUAAUACAAGCUGUCAUCUGGGUGACUAGCAGACCACUGGGACAAUAUGGGACGUAAGAAACAGGGCAAACAGUUUCGCCCUGAGAGCAAGGGGAAAGACAAGCGGCACAAAAUGAAGGGGAAAUCUUUAGAGACUUUUACAGAGGAAAUGCAAAAUGCAUUAGAAGCGAGUCUUCACCCAGAGGAGGGAGCAGAAGCGCUGAAGGUGAAGCUGCCUUGUCCUCUUGCCAUGUGGGAGUUGGGCCACUGUGACCCUAAACGCUGCACCGGCAGGAAGCUGGUACGCAAGGGCUUUGUACGCAACCUGCGCCUCAACCAGAGGUUCAAUGGGCUCAUACUGAGUCCAAUGGGCACCAAAUAUGUGACGCCAGCAGACAGAGAGAUUGUGGCUCAGAGUGGAUUGGCAGUCAUUGACUGUUCCUGGGCCAAGCUGGAGGAGACUCCCUUCAACAAGAUGAUCGGGUCUCAUCCAAGGUUACUGCCCUACCUUGUAGCUGCUAACCCAGUCAACUAUGGCAAACCAUGCAAGUUGUCGUGUGUUGAAGCAUUUGCUGCCACCUUCUGCAUUGUAGGCUUUGAGGACCUGGCAGUGCUUCUGCUGAAGAAAUUCAAGUGGGGGACAGUAUUCCUGGAGCUGAAUAAAGUUCUGCUUCAGCGUUAUGCAGCGUGCCAGUCUGAGGAGGAACUGCUCUCUGUGGAGCAGGAGUACCUCAGUGCUGCCCCAGAGGAGGACGACAUUGAUCCAUUUGAUGUAGACUCAGGAAGAGACUGUGUGAAUCUCAACAGACCCCGAUGUGCACCUGAGGAUGAGGAAUCUGAUUCUAGUGAGGAGAGUGACGCCUCAGAUGAAGAACAAGCUGAGGACGAGCAAACAGAAAGCAACAAUGAGUCGGAGACACUCUCAGGUCACCAUGAGAGGGGAUCAAAGCCGAUGUGCUCGAGUGGUGUGAAUAUAUAGUUUAUUUUUUUAAGCACAAGGAGUGGCAAGAUAAAUCACUUUUGUAACAGUUAUAACUUGCCGCCUAUUGAGCCUAUUACUUUUUGAUAAAGUAUUAAAGAAAAGCCUGAUUCAGUGGAGCAUCUGUGUACAUCAUCACAGUCAAAAUAAAUAUGAAUGUUUGCA